AUGUCAUCAAAUAACGAUUUCAAAAAUGAAAUCGACCAAUUGAAAGAAUCAACUGUAUCUUCAAGCGAUGAUCGGUUAGACGAUGUUAAUCAUUUAACAAUAAAUGCCAAGCAAUUAACCCCGCGUCGAUCUUCGACGUGGCCCCUUGUUCCUCCAGACCUUCCAAGUAAUAAUACUUCUUCUGUAAGACAUAGUGUUGACAGUAUAAUGCCUGCUUCUAAACAUGUUAGAAAUCUAUCUUUGAGCCAACGAAUAAAUCAGUCAUUAAAUCAGAAACGAGAAAGUCUUAAAUAUGCAGCAAAAAGAAUAACAUCGAUCGUAACUGGCUCUAACGAAGAUAUCAUCAUUCGUAAAAUUCCAAUCAUUCCGGAGAGUACUGAUCCGCUAAUAGACCCUAAAACUAACUCCCCAUUUAUUAGCAAUUCUAUAAGAACUUCACAAAACAACAAGGAAUGUUCGGUAUUAAAUGUUUAUCGACCAAAUGAUGUGACAUCCCAAAGAUUAGGUGUUUGGAGGAAAACGAAAUGGAGAAAUUUACGUGUUGGUGAUCUUGUGAGUGUUAAAGCUCAAGAAUGGGUUCCCGCUGAUUUAUUGUUAUUGCAUUCGAAAGGUGAAAAGGGAAUUUGCUUUGUUGAGACUGCUGCUUUAGAUGGUGAAACUAAUCUUAAGCAAAAGCAAGCACUCAAGGAUACAAAUAAUAUAUUGACUUCUCCAGAAGCUCUUGCUAGUUUCAAAGCUAUAGUUUCUACUGAGAAUCCAAAUCAAGACUUGUAUAACUUUGAUGGAUCGAUAGAGCUCCCCGAUGGAAAAAUAUGUGCGCUUUCAAAUGAUCAAAUUUUAUUACGUGGUACAAUCUUACGCAAUACUCCUGAGAUAUAUGGACUAGUGAUAUUUACUGGCGAAGAAACAAAACUUCGAAUGAAUGCUUCAAAAAACAUUCGAACAAAAGCCCCUAUGAUACAACAAUUGGUUAAUAAAGUGAUUGUCAAACUGGUUCAAGUUUAUUUUAUUAACAAAGAUAUUAAUAUGUAUCACGCGGAAACCGACACUCCUGCUGAAGCACGAACAGCAACAAUCAAUGAAGAAUUGGAUUUGUUUAAUAUAGAAAAGGAUGAAUUAUCACAAUUGUCUCAUCAACGUCAAAAUUCUGUUACAAAAGGACAAAGUAAAUUUUCUUACACGUCAGUUGGACAACAUGCUCGUAAUAGGACGCUUGAUAGUCUUGAAAUUUCUGAAAACGCGGAAUCUCCAAGACGCAGAGAUUCAAGUCUUAGCGGGCGUUUUUCAAUGAUUGCACCGACCACUAUUGGUCCAUCUCCACUGUAUAAACGUGAUUCAGUGUCCAAAACCACAAUAGGAUCUAUAAAAACAGACAAGGAUCCCACCAUUCGUUCCACAUUUGAUUUACUGUCCAUCAUUCAACAUAAAUCUCAUACACCGUUCGGAGAAAAGGCGAGAUUCUUUUUAUUGGCUAUUGCAUUAUGCCACACUUGUGUACCUGAAAUUGAUCAAACAACAAAUGAUGUAUUCUAUCAAGCUGCAUCACCUGAUGAAUUUGCUCUUGUGAAUGCUGCUAAAGAGUUAGGAUAUGUUUUUAUGGAUAGGUCGACGUCCUCAGUCUCUCUGUUGAUCAAUAACGAUGGUCUUUCCGGAUUAAAAGAUCCUAAUAAUGCAACAAAAACAUAUGAAACCUACCAAAUUUUAAAUGUCAUUGAAUUUUCAAGCAAAAGAAAGAGAAUGAGUGUUAUUUAUCGUUUGCCUAAUGGAAAAAUAUGUCUGCUUUGUAAAGGAGCAGAUUCGAUAAUAAUAGAGAGAUUAAAGAUAAAUAACACAAAUAUUUCUCCGAGAUCGUUAAAUAAUGAAAAUAAAGGAUAUAGUGCGACAAUAUAUCUUGAGCACUCAAUGGUUGAUCCCUCUUCGAUGUAUGAUGAAAGAUGCCUUUAUAACGAAACCAUGCUUCAUAUUCAGCAAUUUGCGACCGAAGGAUUAAGAACUUUACUUUAUGGACAUCGAUAUCUAGAAGAGGAUGAAUAUAAUGAAUGGAAUAAAUUAUAUCAAGAGGCUUUAACCACUAUGGUGGAUCGUCAAAAACAAAUAGAGCAGAUUGCGGAAAUAAUUGAAAGAGAUUUAGAGAUCACUGGCGCUACAGCGAUUGAAGACAAAUUGCAAGAUGGAGUUCCAAAAACCAUCGAUAAAUUGUGUAGAGCAGGAAUUAGAAUAUGGAUGUUGACUGGUGACAAGAGAGAAACCGCGAUUAAUAUUGGAUAUUCUUGUUCUUUAAUCAAGAAUUACUCUACUACCAUAAUUAUAGAUCAAAAUUUUGACCUUGACUUGACCCUAAGUCAGGCAUUAGAACAUAUUAAUUGUAAAAUAGGAAAACAUGCUGUAGCAGUUGUUGAUGGUGCCACGCUGAUGGUAAUCGAACAAGAAGCCGCACUUAUGGAAAAAUUUGUCGAAUUGGGAAUUCUAUGUGAUUCUGUUAUUUGUUGUCGUGUAAGUCCAUCACAAAAAGCUUUGGUAGUUCGAAAAAUUCGAGAGAAAUUAACUGGUACAGUAACGCUAGCAAUUGGAGAUGGGGCCAAUGACAUUGCAAUGAUUCAGGAAGCACAUGUUGGAAUUGGAAUUGCAGAUACGAAAAAUGCAACUUAUGAUGUACGUGGAGUAUUUCAACAAGAUGCAAUUAAGAGCGAAUUUUGGGUAACUGUAAUAUUAACAACUUCGAUAGCUAUUAUACCGAAUAUUCUAAAAAAAGUAGGAACAAAUGUUUUCCAUUUUACCGAUGUUGAUGAAUAUCAAGCAAUUGAGAAGGAAGAUAAUUAUUCACAGAAAAUCGGUGCUGAUGAGGUGCGAUAG